GUUUUAUGUUAUCAAUUUGAUAAAGAUGAACAAAAAGUAUGUUUGCUUCCUGAAGAUAAUGAAAAUCAGAUGAAUUUAUUUGAUACAGCAAAUUUUGCAUUAAUAAUGGUGGUCGAUUAUAUGCCAGGUUUUCUUAAAAUGAGAAGACUUCGUACAAAAAUACCACCACCAGAUCCGACACAACCAAAUAAUCCAGAUCCAAGAUAUAUUACAGAACGAAAUAGUUAUUUUCUAGGACAACAAUUUUCAUUCAAUGCUGGUCAAACAGGUUUACCGGUAUAUUUUAGCGAUGGAGAAAUUGAAAUAGCUUACAGAUAUAAUGCUGAUAUUGAAAAUUCAAUGGAAUUAGCACGAGCGAUUGUAGCACAAUUAAACCAACAACAACAAGGUCAAGGUAGAGGUCAAAAUCAAGCACCAAUGGAAGUGGAAGAUGAAGAUGCAGAUUUAUGA